AUGGGGUGCCUUCCUGGGUUGCAUGAUUUGGUCAUCGCGGUGAUAACUGUUUCCAGGUUUACAGGAACUCGAACAGCGCGAAGAGGACAGAGUUGGGACGGCAGUCGGUGGGUGGACGCCGCGCUGGGCACACGGGGCGCCGCGGGUUUGGAACUAUCUCGCUCAUUCACGCUGACUCUGCAUCUUACAAUUACACAUACAUAUACAGACACACACGUAUACAGACGCAGAAAACAUUUGUCUUACUGUAUAGCGAAGGAGGAGCAGGAUAACAUUACUAACACAACAGCGUCAUUAAAGACUAAGGACGCCUUCCAGGUGAGGUCGUGGGGUGUGGUGGUGGUUGACACACGGCACCUCACCCCACCUAACGCCACACGCCGCCUUGGCUCUGUCCGCAACGUCUCUCUCAUCAACAGGCGCGGGCCGAGGAUGUCCGCUCACCUACUCCUCCACCUGGCCGCCGCACUCAUCCUUAGCACAGGCCAGGGGUCGUGGCUGCCCCUGCCGAGGACGAGAAGCAGCAAGGAAUAA